CGUGCUUCUUCAGCUCUCUCUUCUCUCCUUCAAGACCCAAACCCGUGGCUACUGUUCACCAAAACAGAAGUCACGUUUUCGAUGCUCAGAUCGAAAAACUUCCUUGAUGAAAGUUAUUCAUCUGCUCGACUACUAUAGCCUGUAAAAAUUUGGGAAUUUUCGGAAUUUUUCUGAUGCCACAAAGUUGGUCUGCAAUCUCUGUGUCUAUUUAUUGCUGGAAUUCACAAGGUGCAUUUUAAUGGGUUCCCGCGUUUCACCUAGGUUACCACCAGUGAUGAAGGAUAACUUGUUUUCUCUGGCUGAUGGCUUAAGGAGGGGACGGCCCCCUCCGUCGUCCAAGAAUCUUUGCGAAGGUCCACUUAUAGAUGAAGAGCCAGCGGCAGAGGCAGCUCCUAUUAUAGAUCCCACAUCCAUCUCCAGAUGUUGCAUAGAAGGAGGCUUAUUUCCGGCGGUCCCUGUAUUCUUUCAAUAUCCCUGUGGCAUUACUGGGGGUUGGUCAGAAUGGGUUGAGCAUGAGUUAGAGGAUCCGAUUAACAGAGAUACCUUGCGGAAAGCUGCGGUGUUAGAUGCCAUUUUUGUAUCCGAACGAUGUGAGAUUCACUUGGAAGUGCAGCUACUUCGCCAUGUAAUCAGGAGAUGGAGCUCGGAAACACAUACUUUCAUAUGUUCGUGGGGGGAAUUCACUCCUACACUUGAAGAUGUGGUAAAUAUUCUUCAUCUUCCCAUUGUGGGUAAUCAAGACCCUUUCAACAUUAUACUGGAUGCCAAGGACAAAGAAAGGCUUGAGAUUCUUAAAAAGGGUGCCAUGAGUAGGCAAUCUCUUCGAUUCAGUAGCUGGGUGAAACAUUUUGGUGAUAAAGACGAAGGGCAUUCAUGUAGUCUUCAUGCACUUGUAUCCUUAUGGCUUGGAAAGUUUGUGUUUUGUGAUUUCUCUUCGGAUUAUAUGCACGAGAGAGUGUUUCCUUUAGCACUGGCAAUCGGACGAGGUGAUGUGAUUCCGUUAGCCCCCAUGUUCUUGGGGUACUUGUAUCGCUUGCUAGAUCAGGUACAUCUUCUUGAGAAAGGUGCGGCCGGAACAAUGGCAGUGGAGAGUUUCCUGAAUUCAAGCUUUUUGCAGGUGUUUCUAUGGGAGCACAUUAAUGGUUUGGAUGUGUGCCCACUGCCCUGCUCACAAGCUGGACUGCUUGUUCGUGCUAGUGAUGUUUCAUACACGCCAAAUAUGCCUCCUUUGAUUUCUCGGUGGUUCAGGAGAAAGCAAAGGAAAGGCCAAAACUUCCUUGAGCUAUUGGAUGAUAUUCAACAUUUUGUGUUUCGCCCUUAUACGAAGGUACCCAGAGGGUUUGGACAGGUGUCAUUUUAUGCGGAAGUAGGAGGAACUUCCAUUAUAAUACCAAGGGGUGAGCAAUCAAGAAAAGAUGCAUAUCUGAAUAUGGCAGGCCUCCCACUGUUUACGUUUGGUGAUGAUCAUUCUGAGACAUCCAUUCAUUACUCGACUCAUCGGGUUAGACGACAAUUUGGGCUUGAUCAAGGUGUCCCAGUAAGACCCGACUUUUGCCAUCCACUUGAAAUGCACAAGGUAUUUUGGAGUAGAGUGAGGGUACCAGAUGAUGGUAGACAAUUUGCCCUUGCUCUGACUAGCAGGGAAAGGGUUGGUGGCUGUUCAAAAGGUCACCGUGUUUAUUGGAAUCGUUGCUUUGCUUAUUUUACUCGGUUUCAUGCAAGUUCUCCGCGAAGACUGCUCCCUUCCAUUGAUCAUCACCGAAGACUGAUAUCGGAAAAGAAAGCUAUUGCGCUCAGUGAGAAGCGAAACUUGGCCUUUACUUCCAAGGAUGGCAAAAUAGUUGGAAGAUUCCUGGAGUCUGUAAAAAGAAGUACUGUGCUACAAAAAUCAAUAGCCAAGCAAGGCGUAAGCGAAAAACGUUCCUCUCAGAGAAAAAAGAAAUUCAAACCCAAAGUGGCAGUGAUUGGUCCUCCCAUGAAGAAACUUUCUCCUUCCAUCGGCCCUAAGCAGGCUAUGGCGCCAACCGCUUCAGUUCCAAGCGUUUCUUUGAGGAAGAGGAAACGUCGGGGUUCCCACCUGGGAGAUAUAAGUACUUCAAGUACUUCCGAGCUCGAUGGUGAAGAUGAUGAGGCUGAUUUUGCAUAUAUGGAAAGGAGUGAGGAAUCCAUCAGCGACAUACCGGCUGAUCAUGCAUGCGAUCGAGGUGAUGAGGGUGAAGUUGGUGAUGGCGGUUUAGCUGACUUAGAUCAUCCUUUGGAGGAACCGCUCUGCUUAGACGCCCCCCUUGAAUUCGUCCAUGACGCCACAACCUCCACGCCACAUAAUGUUGAUUUGGUGGACAAUUUGAUAGACAUGUCGGGGUAUGACCCUUCUUGUUAUGAGUUGGAAGAUGCAUUUAGUGCCUUUAUGGUUUUCUUCGACAGUGACACAAGAAUACUUAGAUCCUCCGACGAGCUUCUUCCACUGUGCUACGAAUUCCAGGGUUAUGAGACAUUCCGAGGAGCGCAAGUAUUCCCGGAGACAGUGAAAUCUUUAAGUAAGUUCUUUGAUAGCUAUGAGGCUCGUAUCGAGAGUGCUCGCAAUCUAUCCUUUUCUUCGAAGAAUCUGGCCUUUCGUGGUCUUGGUCUGUCUUUAUACGGCAUGGAUGUCACGUCAUAUUCGGAGAUCUCUGACCAUAAACUUCUUUGUUGGAGAGAUACAAUCCGUGACGCUAUCUCAUAUGGGCUUCAAGUAGGUUUCCUGCUUGACAUAUUGAAGAUGAGGCUAGCUCGUGCUGUUUUUGAGACACGGGCUGCUUGCGGUGCAGCGAUAUCUACUCAAUUCCUCAAAGUAGGGGCAACAACUCAAGCUUUGAAACUCAAACAUCAGGAAUUGGACAGUGAAUGUCACAAGUUGCGUGAGCUCUUACUUGAAAAGGGGAUUUCUUCCAAUAAUGCUGGCUACGUAUUGGAGGCUGCGAAAGGGUCACCUUGCAAUGCCUCAUCCAUAUUGUAUGAUACACACUAGUUGAGGCUUGUUAUAGCUUGAUAUACUGAAGUGUAUAUGUCGAGACGCAUUCAGGUGCUGAGGUGCUGCAUGUGGCACCAAGAAGCGAUUUAGGCGAUUUGCAGUAGCCUGCAGCUGUUUGGGAGGU